AUGACGGUCGCACUCCCUUUCUCCCGGCCCUUGGCCAACCAGCUGUUGGCCAGAUCUGCUCGAUCCCUCACGCGACCUGUAUCGACCAACCCUCUUCUACGCGUAACCUGCAAUUGCAGGCCCAACGACGACCCUUUGAGCUCCCGAUAUAAGCUUGCGAAGCUUGCAUCAUCCCUCCAGCAAGCUAGAGCAUACGCGACAGCGUCUACUAAGCCUGCAAGCCGGCCAAAACAACAUACAGGCCGGACAUCCGCCAAACGCACCACAUCAACGACCCAAAAGGCCACUUCAACCAAGAAACCAUCUAGCAGGAAAGCCAAAAAAACAGCAACUAAGGCAAAACCGAAAGUUAGAAAGCCUCCCAGCAAAACCACUCUCCUGAAGAAAGCGCGUCAAGAGCAAGCGGAUCUCAGAGCAGCAGCGCUGUUGGAAGAGCCUAAACAACUUCCUUCAACACCCCACCGCCUCAUAUUCUCAGAAGAGACCAAGAAGAGUGGAGGACAGGUCAAGGCUGCGGCUACGGCGGCAGCUGAGAGGUUUAGGAACCUGUCACUAGAAGAGCGUGAGCGAUACAACCACGAAGCCACCGAGAACAAAGCCAAGAAUGAACGCGCCUACAAACAAUGGGUUCAAACCCAUUCGCCCCUGGAGAUCAGAUUGGCGAACAAUGCUCGACGCCAAUUGACGAAAAAGGCCAAGGCAGCUGGCAAGAAGAAGCAGUACAAGCCCAUUCAAGACGACCGCAGUGUCCGUCGUCCUAGGAAUGCCUAUGCCUUUUUCUUCAAAGAAAGGAAUGACUCGGGCGACCUUCGGGGUAUGACGGUGGGUGAACGCGGCAAAUUGAUAGGACAAGAGUGGAAGAAUUUAUCCUCAUCGGAAAAGAAGACUUACGAAGAUCAAGCUCAAGCCGACAAAGACCGCUAUUUGGAGGAAUAUAAGACUGUCUAUGGCGAAGAACCUUCGUUCACCAAGAGGAAGACUGGUUAG